AUGUCUCAACCUCAACACAUAUAUACCUUCUGUGAUCCUUCCAGCAACUUCACUCAACCCAGUCCGUACGCAAUACACCGCCAAAGCUUACUCUCAACUCUCCAAAAAUUUUCCCGUCUCGGAACCUAUUCCAACGCCACAAUCGGUCCUAGCCCCGACACAGUCUAUGGCAUGUAUCUAUGUAGAGGAGACAUAAACGCAACAUCUUGCUUUGACUGUGUCCUAACCGCAACAAUGGAGAUCGCUAGAAACUGUAGUCAUAACAAAGCAGCGGUUAUAUACUAUCAAAAGUGUAUGGUUCGAUACUCGAAUGUUUCCUUCUUCACACUCAUGGAAACCAGACCAAGCGUCAAUCUUCACCCUCUUAAUCAGCCUGCUCCAAACUUGAAUCGGUUCAAUAAAACUCUUACUGAUAAAUUCGACCAACUGAUUCUCAACGUCUCUUCGUCCUCUUCGAUUCCAUAUUUCGUACAGGAUCAAGAACGUGUGAUUCAACCAGAAGGUUCUUAUGAGUUAGAGUCAAUGAUUCAGUGUAGUCCUGAUCUUGAUCUAUCCAACUGUACCGUUUGCCUCAAAACUUCCUUCUUGAGGUUCUUUUCAACAGCUUGUUCCGGUUUACCAAGUGUAGCUCAGAUCUUUACUCCGAAAUGUCUGUUGUGGUAUAAAACAUCUGUUUUACCAUCACCACCUCCACCUCUAACGUAG